GUGAGGCCGGAGGAGGCCCGGGCUCCCAGAAGAGCAUCCUAGACGAGGCCACUCAGGCGUAAGGCAGAGGGCCAGAUGCGCACUGCCUGGGGAGCCGCCCUUGGGGAUGUGGAAAGUGUGCUCCUUAAUAAGCUAUUGGAUUGUCAUAUUAUGUCCCAAAGACCAAAAUAUUUCAUAAAAUGCUCCUAAGGUCAAAUAGAAUAAAAUGAAGUUUCCUUGUGGUAAUGCAUGUUAAUGAAAAUCUGCAGGCAUGCGAUGCUGUUAAAGAUCUAACAAGUGUUUUCAAGAUGUCUGACAAGGAUAAAGACAAUGGGACAAGCACUUCAUUAAGUAAAGCAAGCAGAGAUACAUCCUGCAAGAGGCAAAGCAAAGAUGGUAGCUGGGACUCUUUACAAAUGAUGAAAAAACCAAAGCAGAGCGAACUUACCCCUGUAACUGAUUCAGAAGUGGCUUUGGUCAAUACCAGUCCUGAACGAAGACUAGCCAGGUGCCAUUCUCUAAUCAGCCAAGUGAAUCAGAACCAACCCGACAGUGAUACUACUGACUGGGACAGUGAGGAAUCUAACUGGGGAGCCUCCUCAUGGAAGGAGAGUGAAAGUGAGCACGACCCAUCACCAGCCAGUAUUAAGAAGAAAAAAAAAGCUCAGAGGCCAAGGAAUGUAGCAAGUUACCAAAAGAGGGAAAGGCUCUGCCUUCACUGCAAAGCUGUGAGAACCGAUGAAUGGUUGACACGCCACUUCCUUCAAAACACUUCUCUAACCCCGGUGAAGGGACAUACUCAAAAGGAUAAUUCUGUACCUGAAAUUAACAUAGAAUGUAGCAAAUUUUGAAUUUCAUCAAGUCCUUACCUUACUUGAAGCCAAAUGAAAGAGAUUAAUAAAAGACAAAAUAUCACCAGAGCCCUAUGUGAGGAGGCUUUUAUAAUAAAGUCUCUCUACUAACAACAAAAACAUACUUAGAACCCAAGAAGUAAAAUUUCAGAUAAUUCUUUGUUAGUGAAAUUGUUUAUGGCACCAGUGGGACAUCAAAGAUCUGCAUCCUCUAUGAGUUUAUUAAAAAACACAAGACAGAUAUUUUAUUCCUUGAGUGCAUGUAUUUUAUGUCUGUAAUACAAAUAAGGAAGCUCUUAGAAAAUAUAUUUAUCUUCAGAAACCAUUUAAAUUUAUUCAUAUGUUUUGAUUAUCUCACUGACCUAAUGAUUUAAUUAAAGAUGGUUGGAAGAGAAUGAACUCAUAUUCCUCAUGUCCAUACUUGCAGUGACUCUACCUUCGCUGUACUGCAGUACAUGUAUCAGCUGGGGGUUGGUGAGAAGGAGAAGCUCAAGAGCCUGAACUAAGAGCUGAUUCCUAGAGCAGACC